AAUUUUUUCAUUUGAAAGUACAACAUGAAGUUUUUCUGAAGUAUUAGACCUGAGAAAAUAUCAAGUUAGAAUGAGACAAUUUGGGCAAGUUAUGCGUGGGAUUGGACUCAUACACAUGCUUUCAAGAUCUGUGUUGGACCCAAGAGUUUUGUAGUCUUGGUACAAGCCCAAGUUGCAAGUCCGUCCAUCCAGAUUCUAGCCCAAAAACACUGCUUACGUACGUUGAAUUGAAGCCGUUGCAGAAGCAGAAGGCAGGCCAACUUGCAAUAAGCUCCUUCAUCGAUUUGUGCUAUUUACAUUUCAGUCAGUCUCAUCUCUUCUCUCUCACUCUGUGUAUAAUAUGUAAAUAUUUGUCUGCAUAGAAUUCCGUUCUAUAAUGGUGGGGAGGAGGAGGAAGCCUCUGGUACUCACUUCCACCAAAACGCUAAUCAAUUCCGUACUGAGCUUGUCGCGACCGAGUGAAGACCACCGAGUCGACGAUGCCGAUGACGCGUCGACUAGCUUACAGUUGCCGCCGGGAAUUCUCCGAAUUUCUAAGGACAAAACGGCCAUUUCAAGCCCCAAAUUGGCUUCUUUCGACGACUCUGCUUUGGUGGGGCUUUCCACUUCUGUCCUCAAAAGGCUCUCUAUCACCUCAGGCUCACUGGUGGUUGUAAAGAAUGUCGAGACAAACAUACAAAGAACCGCUCAGGCCAUUGUUCUGGAUCCUCCGAACAGCCAUGACUGCGCCACAGACGUUGAACCAUCCUUGUCUCAAGUUUCUCACACAAUGCUUAUUUUGCCAUCUUAUACUUUCCCUGAAAAUGCCCAUAUGUCGUUAAACCGGGAAGUUGCCUAUAUAUCGCCUCUGUUAGCAUUUAACCUUGACUUGCACACAUUGUGCUUGAAAUCACUCGUUCAUAGAGGGGAAGAGACUCUGGCAUCUUAUUUUGGAGUUAGAGUGGGUGAUGAGGUGAGUGGGAAAGGCAUUGAGGCUUCCCUAGUUGGAUUACUGUUGGAACCUCAGCCUCAGUUGCCGAGAUAUGCUUCACACUUGAGAGCUUCUUUCGUGAAGAUACCGGAAUGUGGUACACUUGACUCUCUUAAAGGAAAUUCUUCCGUUGAUUAUGAAGAUCGUCAAGAAAUGAUAGAUUUGGCAUUACAGAACUACUUUGGAGUUGAUAGGUAUCUAGCAAGAGGUGAUAUUUUCAGCAUUUGUAUAAAUUGGAAUUGCAAGUCAAUGAUGUGCAUUCCUUGCAACCAAAGAUCGCAAGAUGGAAGCGAUAACAUCUAUUUCAAGGUUGUGGCUAUGGAACCUUCAGACGAACCCAUUCUUCGAGUUAAUUGCUCUCAAACGGCCCUCGUGCUUGGAGGAAGUGUCUCUUCUUCUGUUCCUCCAGAUUUGUUGAUUGCUGGACAACAAGGUUUUGCACCUUUGCAAGGGGACACAGUGAAAAUAUUGGCUUCCGUACUUAUGCCACCUCUCUGCCCCUCACCACUAUCUUCAAAGUUCAGAGUUUCAGUUCUAUUGUACGGAUUGGCAGGAUGUGGGAAGAGAACGGUUAUUAGAUAUAUCGCUCGUCGAUUGGGCCUGCAUGUAGUUGAAUAUAGUUGUCAUAAUCUAGUGGCAUCAUCUGAAAAAAAGAUGUCCAUUGCACUAGCUCAAACCUUGAAUACAGCUCAAAGAUACUCGCCUACAAUACUUCUUCUCCGUCAUUUUGACGUUUUCCGGAAUUUGGCCUCUCACGAAGGUUCACCCAAUGAUCAAGUUGGCAUCACAUAUGAAGUUGCAUCACUUAUCAGGGAAUUUACUGAGCCAAUUUCUGAUGAUGGAGACAUUGAUUCUGAAGGAAAAUGGAAUGGUGAUAUGGAUGCUGGGAAGAUAGGUAGGCAUCGGGUGCUGUUAGUUGCAGCUGCUGACAGUUCUGAAGGUCUACCACCAACUAUUAGACGUUGCUUUAGCCAUGAAAUAAGUGUGGGUCCUUUGACUGAAGAACAAAGGGUUAAAAUGGUGUCACAGUCUCUGCAAACGACCUCUGAACUCCUUUCUAAUACUGGUUCAGAGGAUUUUAUAAAGGAUAUGGUUGGGCAGACAUCUGGCUUCAUGCCUAGAGAUAUUCGUGCUUUGAUUGCUGAUGCUGGUGCAAAUUUGAUUCCCAGAGGCAAUGUUCCAAUUGACACCGUUAAGUCAGAGGAAUCGGAUGGAUCUCUCAGAGCUGAUAUGGAACCGGACAGUAAGUCCUCCGAAGUUGCACCUCAGGUUCUGGGGAAAGAAAACUUGACUAAGGCAUUGGAGCGCUCAAAGAAAAGGAAUGCAUCGGCCCUGGGUACUCCAAAGGUCCCUAAUGUGAAAUGGGAAGAUGUUGGCGGUCUUGAGGAUGUGAAGAAAUCAAUUCUGGAUACUGUUCAGUUACCUCUUCUGCACAAGGACUUGUUUUCAUCUGGUUUACGGAAGCGUUCCGGUGUUCUGUUAUACGGGCCACCCGGAACCGGGAAAACUUUAUUGGCAAAAGCUGUUGCAACUGAGUGUUCCCUGAACUUUCUCAGCGUAAAAGGACCUGAACUAAUCAAUAUGUACAUAGGAGAGUCAGAAAAAAAUGUUAGAGACAUUUUCCAGAAGGCCAGAUCAGCACGCCCAUGUGUUAUAUUUUUUGAUGAACUUGAUUCUCUUGCUCCAGCACGGGGUGCCUCUGGGGAUUCUGGGGGUGUUAUGGACAGAGUGGUUUCUCAGAUGCUGGCAGAGAUUGACGGGCUAAAUGAUUCAACACAGGACUUGUUUAUAAUUGGAGCAAGUAACAGACCAGAUUUAAUUGACCCAGCUCUUCUACGGCCUGGACGAUUUGAUAAGCUGCUGUAUGUUGGAGUUAACUCCGAUGCAUCUUACAGAGAGCGGGUCCUCAAAGCACUUACCCGAAAGUUUAAACUACAUGAAGAUGUACCACUUUACUCAAUAGCAAAGAGAUGUCCCCCGAACUUCACUGGUGCAGACAUGUAUGCCUUGUGUGCAGACGCUUGGUUUAAUGCAGCAAAGCGCAAGGCUUUGAGUUCAGGUUCAGAUGCUUCUUGCAUGGAUGACCAGUCCGACUCUGUUAUUGUUGAGUAUGAUGAUUUUGUCAAGGUGUUAGGGGAGCUUUCUCCCUCCCUCUCCAUGGCCGAGCUUAGGAAGUACGAGUUGCUGCGAGAUCAGUUUGAAGGAGCUCCCAAGUAAACCCCCCUCAUAUUAAUAUGAAUCUGAGGGGAAUUGAAAUUUUGAACCAUUUGUUGCAUACUCAACUGUAUAUGAUAUCUGUUUGUACUUGGAGAGAAAAAGGAAAAGAAAAUAUAAAAUAAGACAGAAAAUAAAGAAAGAGUGAGUAUUACUAUUCC